UUCAUUUUUUGCAUAUCGGCUCUGCUCAUCAUCUCUUCUUGUCUUGUCUUCUUCCUCUUCCUCUUCCUCUUCCUCUUCUACGGUGACGCUCUGUCGCUCUGAUCCCUAAAUUUCUAGGUUUUACCAUUUACUGUUUCCAAUUUCAAUCGCGAUCCGCGUUUUGUUUCCCCCAUGGCGUCGAUUCCAGUGCUGUGAGAAGAAUUGCGUCGCCUCAGUGUUGAAAAAAAUGUCGCCUCCUCUCCGUGAAAAAACCCUAGCCGCGAUCUACAACAUACAUCGCCAGAAACGUUCGGGCAAGAAGAUUUGUCGGAGGCAGCUGAAUGAUUCUGCCAUGGCUGGUUCGGCGAUGGUUACCAAGUGCGAGCCCGGAGAGACUCAGGUUAAAAAGGAAAAAGUAGAAGAAGAAGAAGAAGGUACCGCAUCUGAAAACAACGCCCUUACUCUUGUUGAGGUCAAGUUAGAGAAAGAAGAAGAAGCUGGGCAUCUCGUUACCUGUGGGAUCCUGAAACGAAAACGACUCUCUCGUAGUGGAAGAUCUACAAGGUAUUCUGAAAGCUUUGAAGAGGAUAAUAAGCAGCUUAUCAUCCCUCCGAGACGCAAGCAGUUGACCACUCGAUGGAACAGUGAUAGGAUUAAGUUUGCGGAGCAAACAUUAGCGGAUGUACUCAAGGAGAAUGGUGCUACUUUUGAAACACCUGUAUCACGGAACUUUUUAAGAGUUACUGCACGAAGCAAUAUAGGUGAUACUGGGCUCUUGGACCAUUGUUUGAAGCACAUGGAUGGCAAAGUAACACCAGGUGGUGCUGAUCGCUUUAGGAGGUGUUACAAUACUGAUGGAACCAUGCAGUAUUGGCUUGAGAGUGCUGACCUUAUCAAAAUCAAACUUGAAUCCGGUAUUCCUGAUCCUACUUGGGUUCCCCCAUCUUGGUGGAAGGCUCAGACUGUAUCACAUGAUGCUUCUGCUGUUUCGUCUAAGCUUCUUAUGGGAGAGAUUGAGCAAAUGAAGAGUGAAAUCAAAGAACUUGCAGCAAAGCAAAAGUUACCAGAUCAUGCUGAGGCUACUGAGAAACUGUGCAAGGAUCUUAUGAGUUGGAGGGAAAAGGCUGAUAAGCAAAUGCUGGAGAUCUCUAAUUCGUUGACUUCAACUCAGGGCAUGUUCAAGGAAUUGAUUUCGUGGAAAGAUAAAGUAGAACAGAAGUUGGUUGGAAUUUCAAACACUCUGAGCAAUCUGCAGCCUAAUGGGAGCACGUCAUUCAGUCCAGGUCCCGAAAAUUGGGAACAUAUAUUGAAGAAUGCCAACUUGGAGGAUUUUACUGGGAAUGAUUUUGAGCCAUGGGAUGACCUUAUUGAUGGUUUACCAGAGGCUGUCAGGCCGGAUACCUACGCCCUUCUACCAAAUCCUUGCAAAAGCUCUCUCCAAGACCAUACCUUGUUUGAGGAACACUCUCUCCAAGACCAUACCUUGUUUGAGGAACAGUCAUUGGUCAACAUCGAUAUGCAAAGGACAGAGAGCUGCAUGACUAGAGGUGAAUCCAGAAGCUCCAGUCAGGACAAAGCUGAAUUGACUCCGGGUUCUUCGAUCACUGCUGGUCCAAAAUCAGAUAUUGAUGACCCAGCCAUCCAUAAUCAGGAAAUCUUGAAGGAGUUGGUGACUUGGAAAGCGAAAGCAGAGCAGCAGCUUACAGAUUUAUCAAACGCUGUCCUUGCUCUCAAGGGACAGAAUCAACCAAACUGGCGUUACCCGUGAAGACUAGGCACAGAUUGAUCAGUGAUUCCGCCCUAACUAGUGGAUUCCACCUGCAUAGAAUCCCUUAGAGAACGAACAUGUACAGGGUUUCUGAUAAAACUAAACACCAAAAAAAACAAAAACAAAGAGAGACUAGAGAUCAGUAGCAUCUGAGAAGCUUAGGGACAGGUAGGACUUUAAGUAAGUCAUAUAGAAGAAGGUUUUAAGUGAGAUUGAAGGUAGAGAUGCUUGAAUGGUAAUUGUUUUGCUGUAUAUUCUCUCUCUGAUGACUCUUUUUCAACUAUGAAGCUUUUUUGAGUAACUCUCCGUUGUUUCGACAUCUUAUCAUCUUGCUAUGUGAUUAAUAAGUUUGGAUUAUGAUUGGGGAUGAUAUAUCAAUAGUAAAUAUCAGAUGUGAUGUUUUGAGA